AUGGCAGACACAUACGCCAGUGACCCGGAAUGGGCAGACAUCACACCAAUCCCAUUAAAUGAUGGAUCGGAGUCCGGCGCCAUGCCCCUGGCCACAAUCGCCUACCCGGACGAGUACCUCGACGCGACCUCGUACCUGCGGGCCGUGAUGGCUGCGAACGAGAUGUCUGAGCGGGCAUUGAAGUUAACGGAGAAUGUCAUUUCUAUGAACCCUGCACACUACACCGUCUGGAUCUACCGUGCCAAGAUCCUCUUCGCGCUUGACAAGGACCUCCUUGAAGAACUGGAGUGGCUGAAUGGCGUUUCCCUGAAAUAUCUAAAGAAUUAUCAAAUCUGGUCCCACCGCCAAAUCCUCAUGGCUUCAGAAUCGCACUUCCCAACCCUCCCGCCAAAGGAACUAUCUUUCCUAAUGGAAAUGUUUGCCCAAGACUCCAAGAACUAUCAUGUCUGGACAUAUCGCCACUGGCUCGUCCGUCGCUUUGGUCUAUGGGAUCACCCACGAGAGCUUGAAGAUGUAGACGCGCUAUUGAAAGCCGAUGUCCGCAAUAACUCUGCCUGGAAUCAUCGGUACAUGCUGCGCUUUGGGCCGCGCGGCGACGAGCCCGAUGCUGGGAUGGUUGGUUCUGGGGUGGGUACGAAGGCCGGUGUUCACGGUGUUGUGGAUGAGGAGAUUGUUGAUUCCGAGCUUGAGGUUGCGAAGAAUGCUAUUCUUAAGGCGCCGGAGAAUCGGAGUCCGUGGUGGUAUGCACGAGGUGUGUUAAGGGCUGCGAGUAGGGGGUUGGGGGAGUGGGAAGAGUUUGCGGGGUUGUUUGUUACGGGGAGUGUGAUUAAGAGUACGCAUGCUGUUGAGUGGUUGGCGGAUGUUUAUGCGGAGGGGAGGGAGGAGGAGGCUGUGCAGAUGUUGACGCUUUUGAGGGAGAAGUAUGAUCCUGUGAGAAAGAAUUAUUGGGAUUAUCGUAUUAAGAUGUUGGGGCAGGUUGCUUGA